UCAUUUUAAAUUUUCAACCAGUUUUCCUUUUCUUGAAACGCUUCUCUGCUCUUUUUAUCCAUACAGCAUUUAACAACGCAUUAUCCACUAUGCUGUCGAACCUUGGGACCUCCACCACCCACAAAAAGAAACAAGGGCGUAUCAUCACUCCAUUGCCCAUGACAGCGUUCUAUAACAAACAGUAUUUCAUCUCCCAGUUCACAUCGCUUCACCAUGACAGUACACAACCAGCCCUGAUACACCAACUCUUGGCAUCAGGGCUCCAGAAUACUCAUUCAGAGUUCUGGAUCCUUUACGAUGAUGAUACUCAUCAACCUAUCGCAUGCGUUGGUGCCAACACCGUGAUGUCGGACCCAUCUAUGGGGUAUGUGGGGCUCUUUGAGGCUAAAACAGAGGAAGCUGGGGUCGCCGUCCUGAACGCUGCGAUAGAGUGGCUGAGGCAUGGAGGCCUUCAACAAUUCAAGCCCGUUCGACAGAUCCUUGGACCAGUCAACAUGACCACCUGGUUACAGUACCGUCUUCGAAUUGAUACAGAGCCUCAACCAUCCAUGUCUUUCGAGCCUAGGCACCCUCAUUUCUACGAUACUUGCUUUUCCAAGGCCGGAUUUGUCAAAGCGAUGGACUACUAUUCAACAUUCUUUCAUAUUGAUGAUCUUCUGGAGGGCUAUCAAGCUUACACACACGGGGUUUCUCUCGAGAGUGUAGGCCUUAUUCUGCAGCCCUGGAAUACCCUCGACUUCCAAGCCUCACUCAAUCCAGAAAAGCAUCCUGAACUAAGCUCAACGCCUCAAGAUGAUGUAGCCAAGCGUCUUUAUGAUCUCUCGAUCGGAAUGUUCCGAGGCAAAGAGUUCUUUGAUGAGGGCUUUACACGUAGUAACCACCGUCAGGUCGUUCUCAACGAUAUGGUUUCAAGAAGUAUAGAAAGACAAAGGCCUUUGCGGUCAUGAUCCGAGAGGUUGCACGGCGAGCCAAGGACUAUUGGGGCUGUACCAAGGUUGUCUGCGCUCUCGUGAACGAGAACACGGCUUGUAUUUCUGAGAAAGCUGCAGGCGGGAGAGGCAUACGCCAUAUCUAUCGACUCUAUAUGCACCAGUC